AUGGACUUCAUUUCUUGCUUAUUUUAUUUUCUUGAGGAGAUUUUGUUUCGCUUCUUUCUUUUUUUUCAUUUUCCCGAAUCCCGCCAUUUUAGAUUUAUCUUCUUAUUUCUUCGGUUUCCAAUAACCGCUUUCUUUCUUUUUCUCUUUCAGUCUUUAUUUCUCAAUUUUUCUUUCAUUCUUUUUUUUACUUUCUUUCUUUUGUUGCUUUCUUAUCUAUCCGCUUUUUUCACCGAUAAAAUCUUUCUUUCUUUCUUUCUUUUUAAAAUCUUUCCCCUUUAUUUUUUCUUUCUUUCAUUCUUUCUUACUUAUACCACUUACUUAUAUAUCCUUUCCUAUCUAAUCUUUUUCUUCAUUCAUUCAUCCAUUAAAUUAUUUUUCAUUCAUUCAUUCAUUCAUUCAGUCAUUCUUUCUUUCUUUCUUUCUUUCUUUCUUUCUUUCUUUCUUUCUUUCUUACCAUUUUCGUUCUUGUCUUUUUCUGUAUUCUUUCUUAUCUAUCAUUUUCUUUCAUUCAUUCAAUGUUUCUUUUUCCUUUUUCUACCAUUUCUUUCUUUCUUUCUUUCUUUCUUUCUUUCUUUCUUUCUUUCUUUCUUUUUUCCCAGUCCGUGCCUUCCAGACUUCUCCGAAUGA